UAUUUAUUUAGUUUGUUUUUUCUUUUGAUGGUCCAGGUCACUAUUCCAAAUUAGACUCGCCUGGUCUCUUUGAGUUCUCACCUUGUUUAACCAAAUAAACUUAAAACAUAUCAUCCACACCAGCAGAACUGUGAAAAGUGCCAAUGGAAAGCACAAUUUAGUCCUCCUUAAUGGCUAUUGGAUUCUUGUAAUAAUACAGCAAUACUGACAGCAGCAGUAUUAUACAACAAAUGAUCAGUUUUAUGUUUGUAAAAAAAAUCCCCAGAUUUAAGGCUGGAUCAUGGGUUCUGAGCUGCAAAGGCCCUUUGAGCCAAAAGAUCGGGUGACGCUCUACGACUUCCCAAACCUGCAGGGCAGGGGGCUGCCCUUAACGCAGGACUGCCCUCGCUUACUGGAGCCGCGUCGCUCCUUCCGCUGCCGCACUGCCCACGAGCCUGCUGCCCAGGGCCCUGUCCGCUGCCACUCGGUCCGAGUGUCUCGUGGCGCGUGGCUGGGCUACGCCAUGGAGGAAUUCUCGGGCCCGGCCGGACUGUGGGACGGGGUCAGCGGAGGUGAACACCGCCACGCGGGCAGCUGGGGCGGAUUCCCGACCGUCGUCGCGUCCGUCCGGAGGCUGCGUCGGGACCUGGCGUGUCCGCCUCUGCUGCAGCUGUGCUCCGAGCCAGGGGGCCGUGGCCGCUCUGUGGAUCUGCGCGUCGACGUUCCGGACCUGGCCACUCUCACGAGUCGCGAGGAGCCAAGCGACGGCGUUGACCCCCGCAGCGCCCCGACUCUGGGACGCGUCGCCAGCGUGCGCGUGUGUGGCGGGGUGUGGGUCGUAUACCGUGACCCUAACUACCGCGGCCCGCACCGCGUGUUGGAGGGCCGUGGCUGCCUGGACGUGUGUGGGCCGGCCCCAGCAUCUGUGCGGCGAGUGGCGUUCACUCUCGUCGGAGACUCCCCGAGCCCCAACCUUGAGACGGAUCAGAGUCCAAAGCCGGGGCAGAGCCAGUUCGGUGAACAAAGCAGCGAUGGUGCCACGACUCCCACCUGUAUUCCCUGCGUUACUGUGCAAGGGUCGUCUCUCUAGUUCUAUUUUCGCAUCACAAAAGAAGUUUUAUUUUUACAUGAAGGACGAGUUGUAAAUUGGGUAUGCAAAUAGCACAUCACUCGGACUUGGGAGUGAUGUAUUAUUAGCCUGUGGGCAGAGAGAACUUGGGUGGCUUUGAUCAAUUCACUGCCCAUUAUGCAAUAAGGGUAUUAAGCAACAUAAGCAUGUCACAAAGUCAUUACGCUUAUUAUAAAAGGUCAUUCCUUAGCAACUGAUAUGCUGUCCUGUAAUUAUGUAUGAUUUUGCCACAUGAAGGGAUUAUUUUAAAAAUGUAUAUUUCCCUUCACAUGCACAGUAUGCAAGCCUGUAUUUUAUUUUUGUCGAUGCAGUUUACUUUGAGUGAUUAUACAAAUACAUGGCAGAUACAUACUUUUGCACAGUAUUUGAUUGUUAUUGACCUAUUGUUUAAUAGUUUGCAGUGAGAUGGAUUU